CGCCGAUCGUCCCACCAGACAAAGCUGAAGUCGCUCGAACCUUUUACUCUGUGCCAGAGCGAGAAAGCAUUUUCUCUUCGUCAAUUUUUUGACUGCGGAGCACACUGCCUGUGACUGUAUGCGUGUGCGAAAUCAGUUGAUGGAUGAAGAAUGAUGAUGAGGGGUAGAGAUUUACUUCGUUUUGGUACUCCUGCGUAUUUGGAAGCUGCCGAUCGUGUUUGGAGAUUUACAUUUUUGAAAGUGUGUGUUUGUUACUUCAAGAAGAAAUGAAAAAUGCUUUACGCACACCACUUCAUAUCAUUGCUGCAAAUAAUAAAAAUCAUUUCUCGUCAACGCCGGCCGGCUAAAUAUCGUUCAUAGCUUUGACAAGUUUUAAAAGGUGAUUUAAUUUAUUCGUGGUUCGAAAUGGCAUCUAAACGUGACAAGAACCGGGUCAUUGUAUAAAAUUCGUGACGCUAUGAACAAAGUACUCGAGCAGGAAUGGGAAAAUGAAGAACGUGAAAACACAACUGCCGCGUUUCAGCAGCUAGAAGGUAGGUUCCGUUUUCUUAUGGUUGUGUUUUACUGGAUUUUUACUAAACUAAAUAUUGCUUACUUAUAGAAAACAUGGAUGUGAGUUUCCCAUAUCCUAGAUCAGGAGUUGACAUGUCCAGCGACAAUAAUAUUGCUGAUCCUGUUUUGAGCGAUAGCGAAUUUUCAUCUUUGACUUCGAGUGAUGAAGAAGAGUCCAAUGACAGUGAUGAGAAUAAUAUGGAAUGUCCUAAUGUGCCGAAUGGUAUAUCAUUUGAAGAUGGACUCAGAAGAUGGGCUUUGGAAACAAAUCAGAGACAUUGUGCCAUUAACUCGUUGCUGGCUCUGGUUCGAGAAACAACACCGUAUAAAGUGCCAAAAGAUGCACGGACAUUUCUCAAAACUCCGCAGUCAACCGAAAAGAACAACAUUAGUACAACCGCCGGUGGACAAUUGUGGUAUUAAGGAAUAGCUAAGAGACUACAACAAUAUUUCAAAAACAAAACCCCUAAGGUCGAUUUAAUGAAAUUAGACUUUUCAAUGGAUGGUUUACCGCUUCACAAAAGUGGUUUAACCCAAUUUUGGCCUAUUUUAAUGAGGGUACACGGAAUGCCUAAAACACCAGUGAUGGUGGUGGCUAUUUACUGUGGCGAAUGCAAACCUGAUUCGGUAGAGGAAUACUUAAGAGAGUUCGUCACAGAAUUCAAUGAACUGCAAAUCAAAGGGCUUUUCAUAAAUGGCAAAAAGAUAAAAGUGCUACCAAGAGCAAUCAUAGCAGAUUCUCCAGCUCGAGCGUUUCUAAAAGGUGUUGUCUGUUUCAAUGCAGCAGAGGGCUGUUUGAAAUGUCUUAAUAUAGCUAAAAAAGAUCCGGAUACAAAACGAAUGUAUUUCGAAGGAAUAGGUGCAACCAAGCGUACAGAUACGUUGUUCAAAGGAGGUGCAUAUCCUUCUCAUUGCAAACAUCACACACCUUUAAUAGACCUAAUGAAUUUCGAUAUGGUUAGAGACGUUAUAACUUCUGAUCCACUUCAUUUAUUCUAUUUGGGAAUCAUGCGGAAGCUACUGAAUGGCUGGAUGAGUGGAAAGUUCGGAAAACAUAAAAAGUGGACUCCUCUGCAGAAGCAACAAAUUAGCAAAUUUCUAAAAGAGUCACAGCUCCCAUCGGAAAUUCAUCGCAAAAUGCGUGGAUUAAAAUACCUUCCGUUUUGGAAAGGUUCGGAAUUUUGGUCAUUUCUGCGUUAUAUUGGUGUCGUAGUUUUAAAAAAUAAUUUACCUAUCGAAAAUUAUAAUCACUUUAUGCUUCUGUUCUGUGCUGUUACAUUUUUAUCCUCUCCAAUUUAUAAAAAGUAUUGGAGGUAUGCAGGAGAAUUUCUCAAUAAGUUUGUGAUAGAUUUUGAUAAAAUUUAUGACAAAAGUUUAGUGUCUAGCAAUGUUUAUAUUGUAGAACAUGUUUUCGAUGAUGUUGAUAGAUUUGGUGACUUGGAAACGAUUUCCGCUGAUAUUUUCGAAAAUGAAUUACAAAAAAUGAAAAAUGGAUUGCGUCAUGGAACAAGAAGCUUAGAACAAAUCAUAAAUAGAUUGGCUGAAACAGAGGAAAUAAAGACAGCACAGGAAAUAUAUUUCGAUGCGUUCGCUAUUGCUGCACUUAAACAUCUCGUAGAGGCGAUGAAGUUCGUGUGCAGCCCCCUUAAACGUAGUGGCAUUAUCCGAAUUCAGUUCCGCGAUUUUGCCUCUGCGAGCCACGAAGCGCCUUAG